GCCGCCGCUGUCCCGCGCCGUUAGGCUUCCGGAGCCUCGGACCUGAAACUUGGUAAAAAAGUUAACGAAGGUAAAACAAAAGAAGUGUUCGAGCUGCCAGAUAUGCCGGGAUGUGUUCUCAUGCAGUCAAAAGACCAAAUAACAGCGGGAAAUGCGGCCAGAAAGGACCGAAUGGAAGGGAAGGCUGCCAUUUCCAAUACUACAACUAGCUGUGUGUUUCAGUUGCUGCAAGAAUCCGGAAUCAGAACAGCUUUUGUCAGGAAGCAGGGUGACACAGCAUUUAUAGCAGCUCACUGUGAAAUGAUUCCAAUUGAAUGGGUGUGCAGAAGAAUUGCUACUGGCUCCUUCCUCAAAAGAAACCCUGGUGUCAAAGAAGGAUACAAGUUCUACCCACCCAAAAUUGAGAUGUUUUACAAGGAUGAUGCUGCUAACGAUCCACAGUGGUCUGAGGAGCAGAUAAUUGAAGCAAAAUUCUGUUUUGCUGGACUCACUAUUGGCCAGACUGAAGUGGAUAUUAUGGCUCGUUCUACUCAAGCUAUUUUUGAGAUCCUGGAAAAAUCAUGGCAGCCUCAAAACUGCACUCUGGUAGACCUGAAGAUUGAAUUUGGUGUUAAUGUUCUGACAAAAGAAAUCGUUCUUGCUGAUGUUAUUGAUAAUGAUUCUUGGAGGCUGUGGCCAUCAGGAGACAGAAGCCAGCAGAAGGACAAACAGUCCUACCGGGACCUGAAAGAAGUAACUCCUGAAGCACUGCAGAUGGUUAAGAGAAACUUUGAAUGGGUUGCAGAAAGAGUGGAGUUGCUUCUGAAAACAAAGAGCCAAGGUAGAGUUGUGGUGCUGAUGGGAUCUCCUUCUGACCUCAGUCACUGUGAAAAGAUAAAAAAGGCAUGUGCAACCUUUGGAAUUCCUUGUGAGUUAAGAGUGACCUCUGCUCACAAAGGGCCAGAUGAAACCCUGAGGAUCAAAGCAGAAUACGAAGGAGAUGGAAUCCCAACAGUGUUUGUUGCAGUAGCUGGCAGAAGCAAUGGUUUGGGGCCAGUAAUGUCUGGUAACACUGCUUACCCAGUUGUCAACUGUCCUCCGCUCUCGGCUGACUGGGGUACUCAGGAUGUGUGGUCUUCCCUCAGACUACCCAGCGGUCUUGGCUGUCCUACUACUCUGUCACCUGAAGGAGCUGCCCAGUUUGCUGCCCAGAUAUUUGGCUUAAACAACCAUUUGGUGUGGGCCAAACUGCGAUCAAACAUGUUAAACACCUGGAUCUCCUUGAAGCAGGCUGACAAAAGACUUCGGGAGUGCACCUUGUAAGUCAUCCCAGCAAGUAACUUCCAGUAGCUACACACAGAGAAUGGCGUGUGUAUUCAUUUGUGUUAGGAUUUACAUUUGGGUGAGCACAAGUCCUGCAUCCUUUCUUACACAGAAAGCAUUGUUAGAGCAGCAGAUGAAGUCUGUUGUGUCCUCAUCCUUCCCAUGUGUAAUUUUUUUUUUAUAUAACAACUUAGUAAGUAAAAGAUGGGGAAGUAGUAUUUUAGGCAUCCCUUUCUGUUGCUCCAAAA